UUGGCAUAGCCCUGCCCCGGGGCCGGUUGCCUGCCAGGGCCGCGAUUUUGGCUGAGGGUUGCGCCGCUCCAGAGAUCCCCAGGCGGCAGCACCGGUUGAGCUGCACUCCUCUCAGCCCUUCCUCUGCCCCGUUUCUUAGACAGCCCGAGCCCGCUGACUGCGGCCGGGAGGUGCCGAGCAGGAGUGCGGAGAUGCUGCUGCCCGUGGAGCCCAGCGACGUGCUCUCCGGGCUGGAGGCUGCGCUGGCCGCCGCCGUGGCGGUGGGGCUGCUGCUGGCCCUGGCCCGGCACCUGUGGGCGCUCCGCUGGAGCCUGAGCCGGGAUCGCGCCAGCGCCCUGCCCCUACCCAAGGGCUCCAUGGGGUGGCCCUUCUUCGGCGAGACGUUGCACUGGCUGGUCCAGGGCUCCCGCUUCCACAGCUCCCGGCGGCAGAAAUACGGCGCCGUGUUCAAGACUCACCUCCUGGGCAAGCCGGUGAUCCGUGUGAGCGGCGCCGACAACGUGCGCAAGAUCCUGCUGAGCGAGCACAGCCUGGUGAGCGUCCAGUGGCCGGCCAGCACCCAGAUCCUGCUGGGCUCCCACACCCUCCUCGGCGCCAACGCCGAGACGCACCGGCAGCGCAGGAAGCUCCUGGCCCGAGUCUUCAGCCGCUCCGCCCUGGAGAGCUACCUGCCCCGCAUCCAGAAGCUGGUGAGCGGCGAGCUGCGGAGCUGGUGCCGGCAGCCCGGCCCGGUGGCCGUCUAUUCUUCCGCCAAGGCCUUGACCUUCCGCAUCGCGGCCCGCGUCCUGCUGGGGCUUAGCCUGGAGGAGAAGCGCUUCGCCGAGCUGGCGCGGGCCUUCGAGCAGCUGGUGGAGAACCUCUUCUCGCUGCCGCUCAACGUCCCCUUCAGCGGGCUGCGGAAGGGGAUCAAGGCCCGGGAUCUGUUACACCAGUAUAUGGAAAAGGCCAUUGUGGAGAAGCUGCAGCGGAAGGACCCAGAGGCUGAAAGUGACGCUUUGGAUUUCAUAAUCGACAGCGCCAAGGAGAACGGCAAAGAGCUGACUAGGCAGGAGCUGAAGGAGUCUGCCAUUGAGCUGAUAUUUGCAGCUUUCUUCACAACAGCCAGUGCUAGCACUUCUCUGAUUCUCCUUUUGCUGAAACACCCCUGGGCCAUCAAAAAAAUCCAACAGGAGCUGGUGUCACAUGAUCUCCCUGGACAGUGCUGUUGCUUCAUCUCUGGGCAGCUUCUGACAAGCCAACAGACCACCCAAAAGACAGCCAAUGAAAAAGAGAAUCAAAACAGGGACUCUAAGCCACCUCUUCCACCAAGGCUGGAAUGGGAAGCUGGUGCCAAAACAAGAGGGGUGGAGAGAGUUCCUGCCUUGCCCCAUGUGGACAGAAUAGUCCAAAAAGCAAGUGAUGGUGGGACCGCGGGCUCAGUAAAAUGGGAGGAAGCUGGCCAGCUCUUCAGCAGGCUGGAAGGACUGGAGUGCUGUUGCCAAUCUUACCUGACCCUGGAGAAGAUGAGUCACUUGCGCUACUUGGAUUGUGUUGUCAAGGAAGUGCUCCGUUUGCUGCCACCAGUAUCUGGAGGCUACAGAACAGCCUUGCAGACUUUUGAGCUGGAUGGCUACCAGAUUCCUAAGGGAUGGAGUGUCUUGUACAGUAUUCGGGACACACAUGAGAUUGCAAGCAUCUAUCAGAGUCCCUCAGAUACCUUUGAUCCUGAACGUUUUUGGGUAGCUCGGGAAGAGGGUGAGGAACAUAAAGUAACAGGCUCUGUCCGCUUCCACUACAUCCCCUUUGGUGGAGGAGUCCGAAACUGCAUUGGCAAAGAACUGGCUCAGGCCAUCCUCAAGCUGCUUGCCAUUGAACUGGUCAGCACAGCUCACUGGGAGCUGGCCACCACUCACUUCCCCAAGAUGCAGACAGUGCCAAUUGUGCACCCUGUAGAUGGUCUGCAGCUCUAUUUUCAUCCCUUGAAGCCCGGAAGAAAAAGUGGUGAGCCAAACAAGGUAAAAAGUUGAGUACCAUUGUAAUCUCCACUGUGUCUCUACUCUGCAGUUUAGGACCACAGUAGAACAGGCAUCUGGGACAAAAACAACCUAGAUCUCUUCCAGUAUAAGGUCCUUCUUCCUAUCUGUUGAGUGUGGGAGGGGAGAAAGGACUAGGUCCCUGUCCUUGGUCCUUAAUAGCCUAUGAACUAACAGCCACUCACAUUUAAAGAUGUGAUUCCACACUGAGACCCCCACCCCCAGUAAUAAUCCGUUGCACUUUUUGUUAAUCUGCUGUGUGUGUCGUGCUAUGUUUUAACUUGAUUAAGAGAAGUUAUAGUUCACAGCUAGAUGUUCCAGAAGGAAUUCUAUAAACACUACUAUUGGUUUUCACAAAGGAGACAGAAAGUUUGUAUAAGUAUGUUGGGAUUCAAUGGUGUGAAUGUGGACCUCAUCUGAUCCCAGCGAGCGUUCUUCAAAGGUCCUCGCAGUUAUGAACUAGGCUGCUGCUCCAUCUUCCCAUGACAAGACAGUGACGACUAAGUUCCUGAUAGGAGAAAACAUAAACCAAUUGUCUACAGAAUGGCUGCACAACACAUUUCAUUCAUGUGCAUAGUCAGAUAUGGGAACGGAGCCGCUUCUGUGUUAGAACAGGUUAAGAAAAACUUGGUGUGUCCAAGAUUUACAUGGUCUAUGCCUCAUUGUAAGGAUCUCCGUGAACUCAGGACAGCUUUAAAGGGAUAACAGGUGAUGGGAAGGCUUAGCUUUCUAAUUCUUAAGAUCAGUUCUUCUAUAUGUCCUAUAACACUUCUUAAAAGGUAAUCAGCAUAACUGAGCAUUUCUAUUAAAAAGGGAGAAAGUGAGUUUUUCAUGGUCCCUGAUUCCUCUGCUGGGUUAUAUUGAUUUUGGUUGACCUUAAAUAUCAAACAACACAAAAUGUAGAUUUGCAAGUGAUCUCUGAUUCUGUGAUAGAGGGAAAUUGUGUGGAGAGGAUUCUUAGACCUGGUUCACAUGUAUACGUAUACUGCUAUUUCUCAUUGUUUUCUGAUUCACAGCCAAGUCAUUAACACAGUGAAUCAUUAACAUAGAUCUUGAGGUGACAUGAGGCAGUAGAUAAUUUUGAUCUGUGAUGACUGAUUCACAAGUCAUUGCUUGACGCUGCAGGCAUCCGAUGAUGAACUCACAUGCGAGAGCCAGCCCUUAAGACUGCCUUCAGUCAAUCUUCUACCCAAGCUGCUCUCUAGUACCUAGAAAAAGAACUGCCAGCAGAAUAAGGCUGCCAUGCUGAAUGCGCUGGCAGCUCACUCCAUAGAACAAUUCUGUAACAGCACACACAUCUGAAUACAUUCCAGAGGAAUAGUUAGAUUAACCGGUUGCAGCACAUAGAGACAGGAAUUCUGUGAUGCCUUAAGGAUAAAUACGUUUUUAAAAAAUCCAGCCUAAGAUUUCAUGGAGUACAGCCUACAACAAGACUCCUGUUUAUAUUUUAGUUCCCCAUAAUUACAUUUGUGGACUAUGAAUUGCUUUAAUUUGUGAGCACAUCUCUUUGGGGAGGAAUGUCGUCUACAGCAUCACUUAGACCAAAAAGGCAUGCAUCUCUGAAGUCUAUGAAAUUACGUGGACCAAGAUCUCCCUUCGUGGCCCCUACCUGUUGCUGAGCAAAGCGCCACUAGGCACAAGAGCGUAAAUCAGGCCUUUAUGGCUUAUUAAGGCCUUUUUUCAAGAUAAAAAUGAAUGCUAUUGUGGAAGAGUUGCUGUAUGUGUGGAAACACAGAUCCACGUCUAUAUAUGAUUGGAAUAAUGGGGGCUAUUCUGUUAUGAAUGUCUGAGUAGGUAGGAUUGGAUUAAGUGUCUUAAGUGCUCCUGCCAGCUAUCUAAUACAAGCUACUAUGCCUUGUCUAGGUGCUAGGAGGAUUGUGCCAUGUAGAGUUAUGACUUAGAAACUGAUGGGUUUUUUUGUUUAAAAUGUGCAACGGGUACAAUAUUGCUGUAUUAACGCUAGGAUUUCCAACACAGCAAGCAAAACAAUCUCGUCUCAACUCAAGGAUAAUUCUCACAGAGAUGAUAAAUUAGUGUUAUACUUAAUCUUGUUGCAAGUGAGGAUUCACAUGCUUCAAUGUUUUUCCAUACCACAAAAGAGAAAUCCCUUCCCACUGAGCAGUCAUAUAGUAGGGGGGAAAGCUAGUCAGUUUUCAAAUGUACUCAUUUUCUAUGUGCAGUGAAUCUUGGAUGGAGCUAGAAUUCAGUAAUCGAGCCCUUAGCUGUAAUAUAAGUGGUAUACCCCACAGGUUUAUCACCCCAACGAGCACCAUACUUCAGCAGCAGCACUUCGAAAGUGUCCUUGCACUUCACUCAGUGCCUGUUGUUCCUCCUUAGAAAGUCUAUACCAGCAGGUUCUUCAGAUAUAUAUAGUAGUUGUUGUAUUUUUAAAGUGUACUGUGGCAACCACCACGCUGCUAGUGUUAAAGGAUUAGCAAUCUACAUCCAGGGCAACUACUGUAGCAAACUUAGUUAUAGGUAAAAUCCCUGUGCAGAGAAAAUGUCUUUCAGGAAUAAACAUUGGUAAGUCA